UGCUAGUGUGCUUUCAGGUUACACCCGCUAGUUUGUAAUAGUUUGAGAAUCAACUUUGAAAUCCCUGCAGGUUUGUGCUGCAUCAGCACGAUGUCGAAAGACGAGGCUUCUACGUCCGCCUCUCAGCAAUCGCCGACUUCCGAUAUUAGUUCUACCAUUAAUGAUGUGAAGCAGCGUACCGAGGCUGCACUUACAGACCUCCAAGCUGGAGCCGAUGCGCAGCUCAAGUUCGCGGCUUCGCAGGCUGUGGCUGCCGGCAGUGUCGCGUUGGGCUACGCGCGGGAAGGACUGGAAGCUGCAAACCAGGUUGCCGCGGAGGGCAAGGUCUUCGUGGACCAGGGCCUGGACCAGCUGAAGCAGGCGGAGAACGCGGCCAUUGCAUAUAUUAAGCUGGGCCUGGACGUGGUCCACAGCAACCCCUACGUCUCCUAUCCCGUGCUGGUAACCGGCGGCCUGCUGCUGCUACCCACGACCCGUCGGCUGCUGUACCGGGCGACGCUGGGGCGACUGCGCAGCCCGGAGAACAUCAUUAAGGGCAGCGAGGGCAAGGUGGAGGGCCUCAAGGGCAAGAUGGACGACUACACACAGGAGGCGAAGAAGCUGCACGACCGCAUGGUUGCGGCAGAGGAGGAGUACGUUCGGGGGCGGUCAAAGCUCAAGGCAACCCGCCAGGAGCUGCAACGUCUGGCCUCGGUGGUGUCUAAGAGCGAGCGCGCCGCGGCAGGUGUUCUGGAGGACUUGCGCGCCAUAAAGAAGGUGGACAAGGCCACGUCACUGCGUGCCGAGGCGGCUUCGCAGCUGUCGGCUCUCAAGGCGCAGCGGACGGCGCUACAACAGUACAUCUACAGGAUCGCCAGCAAGGACAUUUGAGAACGUGGCGGUGUAUUAUGUUGAUUCUGACAGUCGGUGGUGGUGGGAAGUGCUUGGCGCGGCAUGGAUGGGGUCCGUCAGGGGUCCAGAGCCCCUGAAUGGCACCUUAUGACCGUAGGACUGUGUGAAGGGUUUGCGCAUAUGUUGCCAUAGCAUCGGGUUAGCGGUCCAGGGUAUCUGCUACACAGGAAUUUCAUGUCGCGGAUGAGAGGUGGUUCGAUUGCGGGUUAGGGCGAUGCCCACGAAAUGCUAGCAGUAGCCGCACCAGUAGCUGCAAUGCGGCAUCGACGCACAACACAAGGACGGGGGGCAUCAACAACGGCGUCGGCGAUAAAUAUGGUUUGCGGACUUCGAAUGGAAGUGGAUAACCAUUCCCGGUAUGGGUGUGCCUAUGUGCGUGUGCGGGGGGGGGGGGGGAGGGCGAGGCGCAAGGGCAUGAGGUUUGCAUGGGCGCGCUGACAACCACGGUGCUAUCGAGCCUGUCCAGGCUUUAUGACAAUCUAUAAGUUGUCAUUUUUAUUCGUUGCAGACUAAGAGACUCGAGGGUGCGUCCGACCGAGUCCACUGUGCAUGUUCAAACCCAAGCAUUGCAGACGAGCAAUUUGUAUUUGCGAAACUGAAUUAU